UUGAGUUCCCACGAAGGAAAUUACGAAUCUGUUAAGCUACAGAUUUGGUGUUCUUAUAAUGGAUCAAACUAUGUGAGAUCUGUUUAGAAGCUACAACUGAAAGUGGCUCAGCUCUCGGAGUGGGCUCAACCUCAUAGCUUGCUUCAAGUUUUCAUAGCGUUGAUAUGGCUACGGAGGACCUAAGAAUCAAUAUCAAAGAGCUUCAGUAUGACAGGCAGCGACUUUCAGCAUUAGUUUUCCAACCUCUUCAAGAAAUUAAAGAUUUUGUGGCCCGAAACUUAAGGUUGGACGAAGUAGAUCACAUCGUCUUACUUCUCCGCAAUGCUAUUCGAAGUGACACAUUGAGAACUGUCACGGACGGCGAAGCUCUAAUCGCGGUUCUUAAUCUAUAUUAUGGAAAAGAUAAUUUGCGAGUUGUGCAGCGCCUCUUGAAGAAGAUAAAUUGUCACGAUCUCCUCCAAGUAGUCAGUAAGUGGGAAAGUCGCAGCAACCCGGUGCAUCCACGAGUUUUUCAAGAGUGUGGCUACUUUCCAUUAUGGAUAAGGAUCAGAAACCAUUUUACAUGGUUCUCUGAGAACAAGAAGACAAUAUUGCAGAAGAUCAGAAGACUUUUCCACAUCCCUGAGAUUGCCCAAGGUGACCCUGAUUGGGAAACAAUUAUAUACAUGGGAGUUUCCUUUGGUGCAUCAGACCUUCUGGUUUACAUGUUAGUGCCUGAGUGUGCACGUAAACAUGUCCGUUCCUCUCUUGGAAGAAACGAUGUCUGUCUCACUAUGCAGCAAUUAAGUAUAAUUGGGAUUUACUUUGGAAGGAAGACGAAGAGAAAUGGUUUUGGUGAUGACCUUUCCCUUACCAGCUUUACAUCCAUGAAUGAGUCUUUGCAAAGUGACUUCGUUCAAGAUGGUAAAGAUCAGGAGGUUUUGCAUCACUAUAAAGCUACAAGUGAAACAAAGAAUGGAUGUUAUAAUGGUAAACAGGAACAAAAUCAGAGUAAUUUGAGUAACCAAGAUUUUUCACAAUCAGUUGUGUCACCAGAAAGAGGAAAUGCAAAAGUUGUACAAACAAACAUGGGCUACAUUGAUACUGCCUCUCCUGAAGACAAAUCAGACUUGCCCAUCAGGGUAGUGCGGCCAAAGAUAAUGUAUAUUGACCACAAUGUCCAGGCUGCCAUGGAUGUGGAAGAUUCACCAGUGAGAAGCAAAGCUGUAUCUGGUAAAGAACAGGAUCAGAUUAUUGUAAAAGAAACCUCAGAAAUGACAGAAUCGAUGCCCCCAAAGUCAUCUCCAGGUCACAGGGGUCAGCAUCAGUGGCAAGAAGAUAGAGAAUGGGUUCCAGCAAUUGAAAGUUUGAUUGUACCAGAGGUCAAGCAGAGCAAAGAGCUGCAGUCCUGGAGCAUUCCUGAGGAGCUUUACCACACAAGUCAAGGCAACGCCACAGGUGACAGUCACAGAGGUUGGUCACAUAACACUUCCUUGGAAAAUAAAACUGGCCAGAAGUGGUCAGACAAUGAAAGAGUUGAGAGCAAUAAAAAGAGAACAUCUGUUUUAGACUUUUCAUUUGAAGACAGUUGUGUUGAUGGGGAGAGAGGCUGGUACUCUCAAAGUCCACCCAAAAAAUCACACAUUGGAACAGCAGUUGUGGAAAAUGGCCCCACAUCAACAAAAUCAAAGUUGAUUCCAUCAGAAAUAACAACUUCCAAAUCAGAAAACACCAGAACAUUCACUUCAACAGCAACAUUCCAAAUCAGUAGGAGGAAUAGAAAUGCCAAUUCUCAUCAGAAACAUAUGAGUUCUCUGAAUGGUGAAAUUUAUAAGACAGAAGCCCUGCCAUCCUUAAAUAUGAGCCAAUCAGAUUUUAAUGAUAAGAGAGUGAUGACAAAGGAUAAUCAGGGGAUUCCAAGGCAACCAGAGCCUGGUUCCUCUUGGUAUGAGGAUACAGCUUUGGAGGACUCCUUAUACAGAGAAAUGGUACCUGAACCAGAACCUGAAGACACACAGCAGUUUCAUCCUGUUGAAGAUUACCAUCUUGAUAAUAUGAAACCCCAGCAAGCGGCUGUGACUCCAAGAAUUUACUCUGCAAGGACAACAAAUGGAAGAGCUCACACUCCAAUAUACUCCCCUCCAGAAAGUUUCAGGGAUGCCACCCCUGUAAGUGGCAAGCUGGUGAUGGUGAAAACUGCACUUGUUGAUCAACCAAGGCAGAAGCUAUCUGUAGUCAUGGUCCAUCAUGACAGGGAAGACUCACCGAGAGACUCAAACAAUUUAAGGGAGUUUCCCAAAACAACUGGCAUGACCAGUGCUGGUUUCUACAGGCCUUUGGAUCAUAGCCCCCAAGAAUAUAAUCAAUAUAAUGAUUAUAGUCCUAAAAAUUCAAAUGGACAAUCACAACAGUUUUCAACCCUGAAGGCAGAGAGUGAAGUGUUGUCAGAUUAUGAUGACAGUGUCUUUACUGAUCAUGAAUACAGAGAUGAUGCUAGUGGAAGAUUUGCAGUGGUACCCCCUCCAUAUGUUCCUCCACCAGAAUACAAAAAGACUUUAAGAAAGUUGGAUGGAAAAUCAAAUGAUGAUUCUACCAGCAUAGACACAUAUAGUUCAGAUCGUGUUCAUAAGAGUCCUCUCCUGUCAGCUGCAAGUGUAAGUUCAAUAUACAAAGAGAAAGAAAUGUUUCUCAGCAGAGAAGAAUUACAGAUGAGUAUAAAAGGGGCUGAGGACAAAGAAAUAGAAAAACAGAUAGAACUUUGUAAAGAUCUCAUGGUUGCUGCUAAAGCGGGGGAUGAGGAUGAGGUGAAGAGAACCAUUGAUGAAGGAGUUGAUGUGAAUUAUCAAAAUGAGUUUGGUCAGUCUGCAAUGAUGGUUGCCAGCUGGGAAGGACAUCUUGGAAUUGUAGAGGCCUUGCUUAGUGAUGACGCUGAUCCUAAUUUACAGGACG